AUGAUUUCUUCAUGGGUAGAAACUGGUAUUUUCGAGUUCGUUCAACUCGCAAAAUUUGAUCUACACCUCUUCGACCCCCAAAUGCUCAUUUCUGCCAUUUUUUUCUGGAAUAGAGAGACUCGAGCUUUCGAGUUCCCCUGUGGUUUCGUAUGUCCCACUCUGUUGGAUAUUGCAGCGAUUACUGGCUUGGCCCCUAUAGGAGAUAGGUUUUACCCUGAUGCCUUCGAGGAGGAGAUUUCGAUCAAGGAAACUUCCAUCUCUUGGGACAAGAAGACUUAUCUGGCUCUUAUUAAUGCUCAUAUAGGAAAACCAGGUACCCUUGUUUCGACCUCCGAGCAUAUUGCAUUUUUAAUGUAUUGGUUAUCUUUCUGUGUCUUCUGUACUCCCUCUCUUCAGGUUCCAAAAUACUAUUACAUUCUGGCUCAAGCCUUGCACUUAAAAAACAAAAUUUGCUUGAGCAAACUUUUAUUAGCUUCCCUAUACCACUGUCUCGAUGAAGCUUCGGAAAGCCUUUUUCGAGAAUCUGGUCCUCAAAAUCUGUCUGGACCGUUAUGGCUACUACAGUUAUGGCUUAACGCAAUCUUGGAGAAGAAGCUUUCACUCACUUCGUCUUUCGCUCCAGUGUGUGAACUCGAGGGAGCCCGUCUGACCACGUUAACUCCUCGAAAGCGUUCAAUCAAUAACUUCGCGAAAUACAUUGACGCGAUUCUUAGUUUUGGCCAGUUUAGCGAGGACUUGGCCCCUUUCAUACGUACUUCCUUGAUAGGUCCUUCUUGGCUUCGACAGAAUAAUCAAGUUUGGAAUAUGGCACCAGAUUCUAUCGAGAUGUGGUUUGGGUUCUUAUUCUGGGAUGUAAUAAUAUCUGGCAUGCGAUAA